CCCACAGCCCGGUUUAGCACUGCUUUUCCCAUCUGCAGGUACAUGAUUUAUUAAGUGGGCGGUCAUACAUUUCAAAUCUGGGGGUAAAUUCGAUUCAUUCAAUCAAUCAAUCAAUCAUUCAAUCAAUCAUUCAAUCAAUCAUUCAAUCAUUCAAUCAAUCAAUUCAUUCACUCAUUCAUUCGCUCACUCACUCACCCUCUCACCCUCUCACCCAUACAAUUCAAUUCUUCUUACAUCAUAAUAAUAAUACCUGGGUACUUCUUACUCACUCACUCACUCAAACAUACCUACCUAACCUAACCUCCUGACUUACUACCCAUUCUACAUUAUCAAUUUCUCCCCUCCUCCUCCCCUCUACUCUACUCUUCUCUUCUCUCCUCCCUCUUCCCUCACUUAAUUCUUCUUUACUCUUUCUAUCAAUUCAACGGGGAAAAUAAUGCCCAUAAGAGUAAUUACUAAAUCUUCAAUACAUCAUAGAACGACCCUUUAUUACUUAUGAUUCGCAACUUUUGCAUUUUACUCCUUUUUCCUCACUGAUUAUCCCAUUUGUUUCGUUUCACAUCAUUCCAUUCAUCAUGUCGGAAGAAAAGAUUCAAUCCCCUCAACCUGCACAACCCACACAACAAAAAUAUUCGAGAUACAGAUCAGUAAGAGCCUUGCCAGCAAAACCCGAUCCCGCACCUCCAACACAAGAUGUUCAACAAAAUCAAAAUACUUCCUUGUCGAGGACAAAAAGUAUGUCCAGAUAUCGACGUCCAAAGGUGGCCCCCCAAAACGAUCAUUCGCCCCCAGUACCCUCGUUACCAGUCUCACAUGUCCAAUCGACAUCUCCAAAUCCCGCCGCGAGAAUUCCAAUGACAAGGCGAACAACAGAUCCAGUUGAUUCGGCCAUUGGCCUUCCAUCAAACUAUGCGCAAACGAGACGCCCCAUUCCCAAGCGAUCGCAAACCCACUUGGGAGCGACGGGGGAAUCCCAAAAUUACGAUGAGCGACAGCAGAGUUAUGAACCAAAUUACAAUAGUGACAAUGGCAUAAAUCAACAAAUCCUCCUCUCGCCAUCGCAUUCCCCUCCACCGGUUUCUCUCCCGGUUCAAUUGAGUGAUGAGGAGACGGAGAGGAUCUUGGCAGAACAGAAGCGCAAGGAUUUGGAGCGAUUGGAAGCAACGUUGGAUGCCGCUGCAAAUGACUCGGUCAAGAGCCCCCCUCAGAAGUUCGCAUUUUUCAGCAGUAAAAGACGUGCUACUACAACCACCAAACCGCCCCUACCUUCGGUCCUGGAUAAUAUUGCAUCAAUACAGCGUACGAUAGGUGAUGGUCCUCCUAGAAAUGAUGCCCCUGUCAUCAAUCCUGUGGGUAUACAACAGGGUGGAGGAGGAAUAGUACCGCAAACCGAUGCUCCAAUUUCAGCUUCAAAUGCGCCGGAGAGAAGAGUUUUGAUUCGCUGUAAACAGUCAUCAAUCAACCUACCAGUCGACGGAGACACUACUCCCAUGGAUAUUAUAAAUUCUGCUGCGAAUAUCAUGUCGACCCAUAUCGAUCCACACACUGCUGUAUUGUUGGAAUCAUACACAACUCUUGGUCUAGAGCGCAAAAUUCGUCGUUAUGAACAUAUUAGAGAUAUUAUGAAUUCUUGGGAUAGAGAUACACAAAAUUCUUUAAUUGUGGAAGGUUGCGAUUCUUAUGAUCAUGAAGAAGACCUUGACGCAUCAUCGGUACCCACAGAUGCGCCUCAAGAUGUGACGGUGCAGCUUUAUCAUUCUCAGAAACCCGGCAAAUGGAACAAACGUUAUAUUACACUUCUUUCUUCGGGUCAAGUAUUUGUCUCGAAAAAGUCGGGGGUGGGUAUCAACGACAAAGAUUCAAUGAAUAUUUGUCAUUUAUCUGAUUUCGAUAUCUAUACCCCAACCGCACAACAAAUUAGGAAAACACUCAAACCACCAAGGAAGAAUUGUUAUGCUAUCAAGAGUCAACAGAAAACUGCCAUGUUUUUGAGUGCAGAAAAUUUUGUACACUUCUUUUGUACUGAUGAUCACAUUGCGGCAAAUGCGUGGUACUCAGCUGUUCAGAGAUGGAGAAGUUGGUAUUUGGUAAACAAAAAGGGUGAAGGUCAGAAGAAAGCUACCAAAACUGUCAAGACGAUGAAAACAAAAAUUGCGUCAGGGCCAGGAACGGGAGUUAAAGGUGUUCACACACAUAGGGUAAAUGUUUCGGUGGAUGAAGAUCCAUACAUGAUCGGAUCAUUUAAGCCAUUACUUGACAUGGACCGUUUCGAUAAAUCAGAAGCAGAUGAUUCAACCGAGGAUGAAAGGCCGAUGCAAAUUCCUUUUCAUCUACGAAAUACAUCUACAAUAGCACCUCUUCCUCGCCUCGUACAAGAGAGACCGCCGGUAGCAUACCGAGCACCACCUCAAGAAGAUCAAUUCGCAUCGGGUGGAUUAUUGGGAAGAACAUAUUCGGUCCGUCAAAAAGCACUACAGGAUCGAGAAAAUAGUCUCAAAAAUGGAUCUUUCACAGAUGGUCCAACUCUCAUAAAUGGCAGCGCUCAAUCUCGAGCAAUGUCGAUGCCUACGAAAGCCAGACGUUUAGAAGUAGCUAACACAGGUCUUCAACGUAGUCCCAGUAGUAAAAAAACAAAACCAUUAUUGGAUUUCACGCCUCAAUUUGAAGAGGCACCGCAGUGGAAUAAAAAGGGCAAGGGUCAUGGUGUAGCGGCUCCUUCAGGGUUAUUAUUGGUCGAGGCGGCGAAUACGCCGGAGAGUGGGUUGAAUGAUAUUCCAAAGGCAAAUACAGUGUUUAGGAGAGAAACGACAACUCAAAGACCGAGAACAAGUACGAAUGGAAGGGAUAGGGGACAUUUGGGGACUAGGGAACCAUUUAUUAAGGGUGGAUUGGUCGAGGGUUCAUUGACGGGUAGUGGAAGAGAUAGGGGAAGGGUGGGGUAUGAAUAAGAUAUUGGAGACUGGAGCAUGGAGAAUGUAGAAUGCAGAGAUGGUCGAGGGAUUGAAUUUCUUUUGUCUGCGAUGGAUUUCUGGACCUUUGAGGCAGGUAUCGAGGGAUAUGGCAAUCAAAACUGGAUGGAAUUCCUGGCCGAAUUGAGAAAUUGGUUUGGGGGAUAUGUUUGACACUUUUUGCGGGUGUUUAUGAAUGAUUAGAUACCAUACCAGUGAGAUGGGGGAGAUACCUAGGUAGCACUUCUUGCAACUUUUUUCGGCUCUGGAUAUUUACUCGUUGUAGGUAGGUAGUUAUACCAAUUUGAUACGUUUGUUUUGGGUUUGAAUGUUUGGGGCUUGGUGUGAAGUGUUGUGUUGUGUUGUGAUUUUGUGAUUGUGUUUGUUGUAUUU